CGUUUGGACUCGCUCAAUCAGCGUCAGUGUGUCAGCUCGUAGUCACUCGCGGCCUCAUCAUGACUCCCCUAUUGCUCCUCGGAUGUUUCGCAUUACUCGCUCCCGCUAAAGGCGGUGUACCGAAUUGCUACGAUUUCGCAGCCAACGUGACGUUCGACGAAACCCAGCCCCUGGGCAUCUGGCACCUCAUACACUUCAGGAACAAUAAGCUCAACGGGACAGGCAACCCACACUGCUUGGAGUUCUCGGCAGUUGAUGAAGAGGACCAAGACAUCCUCAGAGACAGCGUAGGGAAGUUCGUAGACGGGGUGGAGUGGAGCAGCAUCAGUCUGAAGAUGACCAUCCCCUGCCAGGAUCUGCCUCACAAGAAGAAGAGACACUACUACUUGGAGAGAAUACGAGGAGUCGGCGCGUAUAGGACAAUACUGUUCCCAUCUUCUAGGAUCGCCAACACAUCGCGUCUGAGCCGCUACGACCUGCGGCUAAAGCUGGUGCAGGACAGGUACCUGGUGAUGAUGGACUGCCACGACAAGUACAUCUUCGUGUUCAGCAAGCGCUUCCCCACCGGCACCGACACCGAGAAACAACUGGCGCAAAUGGUUGAGGACUACUGGGCGUUGUGACAGUUUCAAUAUGGUGGCAAAUAUUCCAAAUUCGAAUGGUUUUGAAUAAAUUCUGAUAAGCGAACAAUAUGACGUUCGAGGAAAAAUCAUUUUAGUGGAAAUUGUAAGUUUCUUACAUAAAAAAAUUGACGUUCGUGGUAUACUUAUGAAAAGCAUAGAUGUAGAGUAGACUGCUCUACAUCCAUCAAAGCAGUUGUUUAACUUCUCGAAAGCUGCUGAAAAUGCUACAACAGGAAUAACACCAGCAGGGGUAUUUAUACACUCAUUAAUUUCUCAUUUAUCAGCACAAGUGCUGGAAUUAUCAGGCCAUGAUUUUAUUGCCCCAAAUGCCUCUAAUACACGGCCUAAUUGAAAAAGUUUUCGAUCGAAAGUCACCAAAUAGCCGAAAAUUACCGGGAGAUGGAUAUCACUCGGCCGUUGGCAAUCUAAACUUUUAAUUCGGAGUUUCUCUAAUUGUAUAGAAUUUGACGUAAUGACAUUCCCGAAUCGAGGCAAUUUUACAUACAAUGUGAACACUUUGUAUGGAUUUAAUGCGUGCUAUAUUUAUUCGAAAUCGACCAGUAAUCGGCGCGCAAUUAGUGACAAUGUUAUCGAUUAUGCCUCGUGAAAUCAUCAAUUGCAGACUUCAAACAAUAAAAUCGCUAGUGGUUAAAACUCGAGAAUCGUUUUAACUUUUUGUAAAGUGCAACACUUUCCCAGCCCCACUGGAGGGUACUCAGGCUACUGCGUUUAGACAAAUGAACAGCGCAGCGCCCUCGCUGGCACACGCCAUACAUGGCCACGAUGUAACAAAUACUAGAAGCGAUAUUAACAUUAAAAAUAAUAUAAAUUUGUGACGUAUCUUCUAGUAACAAAAGCUUUUUUUUCGUGAAAAUUCGAAAUUGUGUCCUCGAAUUUGCCUUGUAAACAGUUUAAUAAUCGCCAAAAAACCUGUUGGUGUGGGUAUGAAAAGCAUGUGAUUACUUCUUAAAUGGUAAACGCAUUAUAAAGAGACGUAAAUUACAAGUAUUUACCCUACUUACAGCCAAUUAAUAUUGCAUGAUUGUGAAACAAUGUAAUGUGAUAGUUACGUUAUGCGUCGUCUGGUUACGUAUCACCUUUACUUUUCAUUAUACCCAUAGCAACAUGUUGUCUCGGAUUUAAUUACAUUUUUUUCUAAUG